AUGUCUGACCGGAGCUCGUCGUCUGGGCCGAUGUUUUUCCCCUUUGGCCCGCAGGCCGAGGCGUGGGACGUCACCUUCAAGGUCAAAUAUGGUGAUACGCUUAAAAGGUUUUAUGGUUGUGUCAAUGGGAAUCAUUUUGACAUGAAUUUAUCUUCUCUGCGGGCAAAGAUAGCUACUGCCUUUAAGUUUGGUCCUCAUGCUGAUUUUGUUCUGACUUACACCGAUGAGGAUGGUGAUAUUGUCAUGCUAGAUGAUGACGAUGACUUGUGUGAUGCAGCUCUGCGUCAGAAAUUAAACCCUCUGAGGAUUACUGUUCAACUGAAAAAAAAUCAACCAACUGAAAAAAAAGAUGCCUCUGCACCUGUGAAACCCACUGCUCAGGAUCCACUAUCCCAGAUAAUGUCAGCUAUUGAAGGUUUGAAGCCUGUUCAGGAAGAUGGUCUGGCUCAUAUAAAAUCAGCUAUUGGUGAAGCAAUCAAGUCUAUCCCAGAGCCAAUACCUGAUGCCCUUGCUAAACUCUCUCAUGAAAUACUUGAUGCAGCACCACCACCAUUAGCUGAGCUGAUGAAACCUUUUGCACAAUUGAUGGCACCAAACAGUAAUGGCAAUGGGCCAUCUCAUGUGCAUGCUGAGGGGUCAUCUAGCUCUUCCAGUGGUGUGACACAGACACAGGCGCCGGCCCCGGCCCCAGCUGAAGCUAAAAAUGAGCCCAAAGUUAAGCCAAGUUUGGGUCUUAGGGCUGUGUUAAAAGAGGCUGCUGCACCUGUUCCUAAUGCUGGAGCUCCUCAAGUUCAACAGCCAUCCAUGUACCCAUCUGUUGAGGAGUUGCUGUUCCCCUGUAAUUCAGUUGACAAAUCUGUUUGCAAAGGGAAGACUGAUGCUCAAAAUAAGGGCAAAACUGUUAUGUCCUCAGUCACCCAACCUGCCCCUUACUCUCUUCCUACUCAUGCAUUUCAGAAUGGUCCCGACCACGAAGAAGCCAACAACACCCAUGGCAAUAUGAAGACAAUGCAAAAGCCACUAGUGAUUCUAGAUGGCGCAUUCCAAUGUACAAAAUGCCCUAUGCACCACCACCUCCAGCAGUGCCACCCCCGGGCUAUGGACCUUCUCCACAUUUUCCUUAUCCAGGCCGCCUCUUGUCUUCUGGACAUCCAUACGGAGAUCUUGCGGGUAACAUGGAAAACUCAGCAGCACGUAGUCUGCAUAGAUGGAUUCAGUGUGAUGGCUGUGGAGUGCAACCAAUUGUUGGUCCACGUUAUAAAUCUAAUGUGUGACACACGAGUUCUAAUGAAGUCAAAACGGGAGAAACUUGAAAGUCGCUUCAUUUUGGAUGUAACUGUCCUUGAUGGAACACUGAUGACACCUUCUACCCCGUUCACUAAGAUUUGGCGCAUGCAUAACAAUGGGUCUGUUGUGUGGCCACUCGGCACACAGCUUAUCUGGGUUGGUGGAGAUCAGUUUGCAUUGCAGACAUCUGUUCCAUUAGAGAUUCCUGUGGAUGGCUUUCCUGUGGACAAAGAGAUUGAUGUUGCUGUUGAUUUUGUGGCACCUACAAGGCCAGGGAGGUUCAUAUCUUACUGGAGGUUGGCUUCGCCUUCUGGUCAGAAAUUUGGUCAGCGAGUUUGGGUUCAUAUCCAGGUGGAAGACCCUUCUUUUGUUAAUGACAAUAACAGGAAUGCUGCUAUUAACCUGAACCUGCCUCCAGAGAGCAAUAGUGCAAACACAACCAAUUUAAUUGAUGUGAACAUUGAGCCUGUUGACUCAGCCCUUAGCGCACAUGCCAAACGCACAAAAGAGUUCCAUUUCUGUUCAACUGAUGUUUCUGAGCCCAAGAAAUCUCUGCCUACCACGUUGGUCGGUACCUCUUUGUCUGCACCAGCUCCUGCAAACCCAACCGGUGAUGUUUCCAUAUCCAGUACAUCUGCUGCUGCUUUUGUGCCCUCUGUUAAUGUGCCUAUGCCUGAAGUUGUUACUACUCAUACACCAUUACCUGCUAUGCCUGUGCUGCCUACAAAUAUACCUAUUUCAGCUCCAGUAUCUGCUCCUGCAAUUGCCCCUGUGCCUGCAUCUGGUACUGUGCCUGUGCCUCCACCUGUUAGUGCGCCUCCACCUGUUAAUGCUGUGGUACCUGAGCUGUCUGACCUGGAUGUUCACAAUGAGGAGAAGUUGCUGAGGGAGCUGGAGGAAAUGGGUUUUAGGCAGAUCGAUCUCAACAAGGAAAUCCUUAGGCAGAACAAUUACAACCUGGAGCAGUCUGUUGAUGACCUAUGUGGCGUGAAUGAAUGGGAUCCACUCCUUGCAGAGCUGGAAGAGAUGGGAUUUGAUGACACAGAGGUGAACAAGGAGCUGCUUGCGAAGAAUGGGGGAAGCAUCAAGCGAGCUGUGAUGGACCUCAUUGCCAGGGAGAAAAAGGACAAGUGA